CACGACCUUUUCCAGAAGUUCUUCAGGGGCCUCCCCUGCAGGAGCCAUGAAGCUGAACGAGAGGAGCGUGGCCCACUACGCACUGAGCGACUCCCCGGCGGACCACACAGGCUUCCUGCGCACAUGGGGGGGCCCAGGGACUCCACCCACCCCCAGUGGCGCUGGCCGAAGAUGCUGGUUUGUCCUCAAGGGCAACCUGCUGUUCUCCUUCGACAGCCGUGAGGGCCGGGCCCCGCUGAGCCUGGUGGUGCUGGAGGGCUGCACGGUGGAGCUGGCCGAGGCUCCCGUGCCUGAGGAGUUUGCCUUUGCCAUCCGCUUCAACGCCCCUGGUGUGCGGCCACACCUGCUGGCCGCAGAUGGGCCGGCGGCCCAGGAGGCCUGGGUGAAGGCGCUGUCACGGGCAAGCUUUGGCUACAUGCGCCUGGUGAAGGUGCCAACGUUGCCCCUGGAGGGGCUGGUAGCUUUUAUACAUCAGCAGAAACCCUCCCUGUACACCACCCUCGGGAGCCAGCUCCUGGAGGUGGAACUGCCAAGUGGGAAGUCAAAAGAAGAAGUGAAGAGGCAGUGUGGCUUCUCGCAGAAAGCCAUUUAUCACUUCAGUUCUCCGUCCUGGGCAUUCUAG